AGCCUCUGCUAUAUACCUUGCCUAAUAUCAUAUCCACCAUCCAUUCUCUCUCUCUCUCUAUCUGUAUAUAUAUAAUACAGAAGAAGAUAUAGAUUUUGAAUACAUACAAAGUCACAAAGAGAGGUGAAAUGGGGAGACAACCGUGUUGUGACAAGGUUGGGUUAAAGAAAGGACCUUGGACUGCCGAGGAGGACAAGAAGCUCAUAACCUUCAUCCUCAACAAUGGUCAAUGUUGCUGGAGAGCUGUCCCCAAACUCGCAGGGCUGUUGAGGUGUGGGAAGAGCUGCAGAUUGAGAUGGAUAAACUACCUCAGACCAGACUUGAAGAGGGGACUUUUGUCGGAGUUUGAAGAGAAGAUGGUCAUUGAUCUCCAUGCCCAGCUUGGCAACAGGUGGUCAAAGAUUGCAUCUCAUUUGCCUGGGAGAACUGAUAAUGAAAUCAAGAAUCAUUGGAACACACAUAUCAAGAAAAAGCUGAGGAAAAUGGGGAUUGAUCCAGUGACCCACAAGCCGCUCUCUGCCACUGAUCAUGAAGAAGAAGAUGAGGAUGAUGAUCAGAAAACAAAUAAAACAAAACCCCAGACAGAAAACGGAACCUCUGCAGAUCAAGAAUCUCCAGUACCAGGUACUUCAAAUGAUCAGUCAAGCAUCACAGAUUUAAUGGUUGAAGAAGACAACAAAAGUAUGGAAACCAGCCAACAAAGCCCAGUUUUUGAGUCCUCAAUAAUGGAGGUCAGUAAUGGGUUCUGCACAGACGAAGUCCCCCUGAUUGAGCCCCACGAAAUCCUCGUCCCCACUUGCUCCUCUUCCUCCUCCGACAAUUACACGGCGGCCGGCGGGGAUUUUGUCUCAUCAAACAACGUUAAUAUCAACAAUAACAACAACAACAACAUUAAUAAUGUUGUUGAAGACAUGGAGUUUCUGCCCAGCCUUGACUGGCAAUGUGACAGCAUCGAUGACAUGGGGUUCUGGGGAGAUGACUUCAUCACCACUACUUUGGACUCGCUUUUUAACAGUGACAGUAAUAAUUUUAUUAUCAAUAACAACAACAACAAUCUCAAUCAGGUGCCCUUAAUGGUAACAGAUGAAGAAUCUUGGAAGCUGGAUCAACUCUUGUGAUUUGGCGAUGAAUUGAAGAAAAUUAAGCUCUGUUCUUGUUUUGCUCUUAAUUUUCCAGUUUAGAAUACAAUUUUUCUUCUGUUUUGUUAAUACUACUUCUCAGUUCUCUAGCCACUAAAACUAUUACACCUCCAAUGAAUUACAAUAAUUGCCCGGGACAUUUCCCAUGAAA